AUGGCAUUUUACGAUUCUGAGUUAGAACGUGAAUCUAUUUUGAGGGAAAAGCGAGAACGUGAGGAAGAAGAGGAAGGCGGAACUCUAAAAGGAUUAGAAAAUACCCGUGGUUCUGAUGAUCCUAAUGGUCCAAUGACAACUGAAUCUGAAGGAGAAAGACGGAAGAACAAUAUUCCCCCAACACCCCGAACAAAUAUGCUGAUUCCACCUACCUCAGCUUUUGGACGUCGAGCUCCUGCGACAUUUAUCCCACCAUCAGUGUACGCCCCUCCUUCAUACAUACCACCACCUACACAGGCUCUGGGGCAUGCACCCAGCUCUGCGUUCCCAGUACGUCCAAUAGUCACUCCUGUGAGCGGUUUUAUGGCUCCACCUUCCAUGCUUCCUGUAGCUCCGCCCACCGGUAGUCUCUCAAACAACUGGAUCAGUGGAACACACCACAUGAUACAUCUUCCUCCCACAGCUUCGCUUCGGAAACAACAGGACACUGUUUUGAUUCCUAGUCAAAACACAAGUCAUAACGCAAAAAACCAUACAUCACCACUUCAGUUUGUAUAUGAACCUUAUGUAGUCGAAUUGUGUGGUCCUAUGCCACCACUUUCAAGUAAUCGGCAUAUUCGUUGGAUUGAUGUUCUUCAAAUAUAUGAAAAAACUGUAAUUGUCAAACUCAACCAUCAAGCACAAACACCAGCAAAUACUUCCGAAACCAAGCCUAAAUCAGAAACAGAAGGGGAAUUUAACGAUGCAGAUUGUGGCAGAACUGCUGUUGAUAUUAAAGCAAAUUACAAGACAGAAGAAAGUUUCCUAAGUGAUGAUGUGAAAAAAGAGUACGAUAGUGAUGACAGUAACCAUACCGAUAUUAAAAUCAGUGCUUUAAAGGUGGAAAACUCUUGUCCGACAACUAAGUCUUUGGGCCUUUCUUGUCAGCUAACUGCUGGGGCUUGUGGUAUUUCACCUGCUGUUUUUCUAGAAAGGUGUUUGCUAGAGUCGCGUUGUGGACUUUUCAUGUGA